ACAAAGGAGCCGGGCGGCCGGGGGCGCCGCCAGCCGGGGGCCGGGCAGAGGGGCCCCGGAGCCUCGCGGCCAUGCCGGGGCCCCGGACCCUCGCCAACCUGGUAGAGUUCUUCUGCAAGGACGGCUUCAGCCGCAUCCACGAGAUCCAGCAGAAGCACACACAGGAAUAUGGAAAAAUCUUCAAGUCUCACUUUGGUCCUCAGUUUGUAGUAUCUAUUGCAGACCGAGACAUGGUGGCUCAGGUGCUCCGGGCGGAGGGGGCUGUGCCCCAGAGAGCCAACAUGGGGUCCUGGCAGGAGUACCGAGACUUACGAGGGAGAUCCACCGGGCUCAUCUCGGCGGAGGGUGAACAGUGGCUCAAGAUGAGAAGUAUACUGAGACAAAGAAUUCUGAAACCGAAAGAUGUGGCCAUUUUUUCGGGAGAAAUCAAUCAAGUAAUUGCUGAUUUAAUUAAAAGAAUCUACAUCCUCAGGAGCCAGGCAGGAGAUGGAGAAACUGUGAGCAGUGUCAAUGACCUUUUCUUCAAAUAUUCAAUGGAAGGAGUGGCCACCAUCCUUUACGAGAGCCGUUUGGGCUGCCUGGAGAACAGCAUUCCGCAGCUGACAGUGGACUACAUUGAGGCCCUGGGGCUCAUGUUCAGCAUGUUCAAGACCUCCAUGUACGCAGGCGCCAUCCCCAGGUGGCUCCGCCCGCUCAUCCCAAAACCCUGGCGGGAAUUCUGCAGGUCCUGGGAUGGACUCUUCAAAUUCAGCCAAAUCCAUGUUGACAACAAGCUGAGAGACAUACAGUGCCGCGUGGACCGAGGGGAGAGAGUGAGAGGGGGGCUGCUCACAUACCUCUUCCUCAGUCAGGAGCUGACGCUGGAGGAGAUCUACGCCAAUAUGACUGAGAUGCUGCUGGCUGGCGUCGACACAACGUCGUUCACGUUAUCCUGGGCGGUGUAUCUCCUUGCCAGGCACCCGCAAGUGCAGCAGACUGUGUACCGGGAGAUAGUCAAGAAUUUGGGGGAAAGGCAUGUUCCAACGGCUGCAGAUGUCCCCAAAGUCCCGUUGGUCAGAGCUCUGCUUAAGGAAACCUUGAGGCUGUUUCCAGUGCUGCCGGGGAAUGGCCGCGUCACCCAGGAAGACCUGGUUGUCGGCGGGUAUCUGAUCCCCAAAGGCACCCAGCUGGCCCUCUGCCACUACGCCACAUCCUACGAGGAUGCGAACUUCCCUCGGGCCAAGGAGUUCCGGCCAGAGCGCUGGCUGCGGAAAGGAGGCCCGGACCGAGUUGACAACUUCGGGUCCAUCCCCUUCGGCUACGGGGUUCGGAGCUGCAUCGGGCGGAGAAUCGCCGAACUGGAGAUCCACCUCGCCGUGAUCCAGUUGCUUCAACAUUUUGAGAUCAAAACACCUCCUUGGACUACAGCUGUUUCUGCAAAAACCCACGGGCUUCUGACUCCAGGGGAGCCCAUCCACGUGCGUUUCGUUAACAGAAAGUGAGCCUGGAUUUUUAAAUCCAGCCAGCGGACUGACACACUGCGUGUUCAUGUGUCACCGAUCGCGGCGCGGAGGAG